AUGUACCAGGCGGGGCAGUACAAACAAGGACUGUUCAGCUCAGACUUAAGUGUACAUGAGUUGAGUGUUCCUCGUCAGGUAGAGAGACAGCAGUGCCAGCAGGUCGCACGACAGGUUGAGACCCAAGAAUGCAGACAGGUUGCGCUCGAAGAAUGCCGCAACACUUUUUCAGGUUUCACUUGCUCAAUACCGCAAUACAUUGAAUAUUUUCAGGUUGCGCGUGAGGAAUGCCGCAAUGUUCCUCGUCAAGUUUGCAACAAUGUUCCAAAGCAGGUUGAGAAGCAACAGUGCACCAAGAUCCCAAGAGAAAACUGCAUUCAGGUACCAAGACAACAGUGUGAUCCUAUAACAAGACAAGAAUGUGAGCAGGUCCCAAGAGAAACAUGUAAUCAGGUUCCUAGACAAGAAUGUAACCAGGUUGAAAGACAAGAGUGUAGACAAAUACCUCGAGAAGUUUGCAAUAAGGUCCCCAGAGAACAGUGCAGGGAUGUUCCAAGACAAGUUGCAAGAGAGGAGUGCAACCAAGUGCCAAGAGAACAAUGUAACCAAGUGCCAAGAGAAGUUUGUGAGCAAGUGCCCAAGAAUGUCUGCGACCAAGUUGAACGGGAGCAGUGCCGUGACGUACCCCGAGAGCAGUGCCAACAAGUGCCCAAAACCGCUUGCCGUACUGUACCCCGCCAGCAGUGCAACAAGCAGUGUACACCAACCUAUUUUUGCGAAGUUUGUGAAAGCAGCGACACCUAUGGAGCUCCUGCCGCACCGGUUCAGGAUACCUACGGGAGUCCAGCAGCCAGCCCAGUACAAGCUCCUCAACCAACCUAUGGUUAAACAAAAGACUUAAAUUUGAUCCUUACUAUCCAUCUAUAGUUAAAUGUUUAAUGUUAUGUUAUGUUUGUCAUCUUUGAACUUAAUUUAAACUGAAUCUCUGCUUAUACUUUUUGUUUAUAUAAUUGCCAUAUUUAUUGAGACAAUUUCUGAGUCAUGUGCAGUUGUCUAAUUUGGUCAACUGACUGGCCCUUGAUUGUCUUCUUACGAGCUCAAGGUAUACUAGACACUAUGUACACUGUACACUAUAGCGGAGAAGUUGCGUAUUUUCUGACCAGAAAAUUUCAGUUUCCCGCG